AUGUUAGCACGAAACAAGAUGGCUGAUGUAGCCGCCGCCCCACUCAGGAGCCAUUUACCUGCAAUAGCCGAUCAGAGCGACCCCCGUGGACUUUUGAAGUUUACCACAACAAUUCAUGUGAGAUAUCUUCCACUUGUACCUAUCGAACUACCGAUAUCCCCUUUCGAUAUGAGCUUUCAGAUUUUCAACUCCGGUUUUCAAAAGAUAACGGGGACAACUCCAAAAUUGGAAAUAUGUCUCAACCAUACCGCCUAUCCAUGGGCCCAUGAAGCUGGGGUGUAUAUUCCGAAAGAAGAUCAGAUGUUUGUCACGAGCAAUCGCAUUCACGGAGCAGAUGGCACCCAGAAAAUUCAAAUAUCGAAGAUAUCGCUCAGAAAUGACGGCACAUGUUUGCGGGAAGAGAUAGCACCAGAUAUUCCAAUGGCCAAUGGGGGUGUCAAUUACAAAGACGGUGUUUUGUUCUGCAGCCAGGGAACGCAGGACCAACCUUCGAGUUUGAUCUUCAUGGAGAAGACUACUCCGUACAAGUGUACCGUCAUUCUGGACAGCUUCUAUGGUCGCCAGUUCAAUUCAAUCAACGAUGUGGUCGUACAUGGCGAUGGCUCGAUCUGGUUUACGGAUCCUAUCUAUGGCUACGAGCAGAAUUUUCGUCCUCUCCCUCAGCUGCCAAAUCAAGUAUAUCGAUAUGACCCCGAGCUUCAGUCUGUGCGAACUGUCGCGGAUGGUUUCGGAAGGCCAAAUGGGAUUUGUUUCUCUCCAGAUGAGCGGGUUGUUUACAUAACAGACACGGAUUCUAUUCAUGGUGAUGGCACUGUAAAUCUCAAUCGCCCUUCAACAAUGUAA